CUACUGAAUGUGGUAUAUUUAUAUACCGCGAAAAGAUGACAUCAAGUCCAGGGCGGCAUAUAUAUAUAGAGAGAGAGAGAGAGAGAGAGAGAGAAGAAAACUAGAGGGGGCUUCUUCUAGUUAUGGAAACCCACCUUCUGGUGGCUGCUAAUUCUAGAAAUCUCUAAUGAAUCUCUUUACUUGAAAGACCUCUCAGCACCCAGGUCCAUUGUUUGUGCAUGUUAAUUUGGUGGAGUUCCUUUAUGCUGCCUGAAAGAAUCUCUGAAACCGAGCAGAUCGAUCAUCUUUAAUUCAACCCCUUUUCUAAUUGAUGUUUAAGAAGUAACUAAAAACAGUAACCAUUCAACAACGAACAGUAGGCAUUUCCUCAAAUGCAAAAGUUGGAUUCUUUCUUUUUCAGUUUGGGCAUGUUGAGGCAGAAGCCCCUGUGCUGGCCAGUGUGUUGUUUUCCCAUUUUGCUAGCUAGAAAGGAGCACAAGAUGACAAGUAGCUGGCUUGGUUGGGACCACUGGCAGUAAUAUAUAACCAAUAAUGCUUCCCUUCUCCAUGGCCUGAACACUGAACAGUAGUCAGCUACCACGGGCCUGGUUUUCUGACUAGAAACUGGGAAUAGUUUGGGUGACAACCAAUCAAGAACCAAUUCCAGGGACCCCAGAAAGUUAGAGAAAGAUGCCGAGAAAGCUGAAAUGACAUCAUAGAAAAAUCUCUUCGAGAGAGAGAGAGAGAGAAUUCAGAAAAUAAAACUCUAGUAGGCUCUUUCUUGAUGUCCCAUGUUCAUGCUUCUAUAUUCCCAUUUACCUCUCAAGUCUAGCUACUAGUAGCAGUACUGUACCAAGAGAGCUUUGUAGCACUAUAUUUAGCGCACCUUCUCCUUCCCUGCAGCUCAACCCAGCAGAAGCCAUUUGAAUCUCUCCCUCUCUCUUUCUCUUUCUCUGUCUCUGUAUUAAUGGCAAGAAUCUCAGAUCCUCUCACUGUUGGGAGAGUGGUUGGAGAUGUCCUUGAUCCUUUCAUUCCAAGCAUAAGAAUGUCUGUCUGUUUUAACAACACGCCUGUUUUCAAUGGCCAUGAGCUCUUUCCUUCCCAAGUAACCUCCAAACCUAGGUUUGAAAUUCAUGGAGGUGACUUGAGAACUUUCUUCACACUGGUGAUGACAGACCCUGAUGUUCCUGGCCCUAGUGAUCCUUACUUAAGGGAGCACCUGCACUGGAUAGUAACAGACAUCCCAGGCACCACAGAUGCCUCAUUUGGACGGGAGGUGGUGAGCUAUGAAAUUCCGAGGCCAAACAUAGGGAUCCACAGGUUUGUGUUCGUUCUUUUCAAGCAGAAACGCCGACAAACAGUGAACCCACCUUCCUCAAGGGAUCAAUUCAGCACCCGAAGUUUCGCCGCCGAGAAUGAUUUCGGCCUUCCAGUCGCCGCAGUAUUCUUCAAUGCGCAGAGAGAAACCGCAGCCAGAAGACGCUAGCUGGGUUAGAUUAAAACCUAACUAGAUUGCAAGCUCCACAUUUGAGUUGCUAUAUAUAUUAUGCAGUAAUAAAUCAAGCUGUGCUUCAUGUAUGUGAUAUCGAUCUUAAGGGGUUAUUCAUAUGUAGAAAACUUGAUCGCCUGUAGCUACAAUAAUGGCGUCAAAGAAAGGGGAGCUCUCUUAGCUUUUCUCUCAGUUUUCCCUUUUUUUCUGUAAUAGAUGGUGGUGGUACAUGCUUUGCAUUAUGAAUCAGAUUUGUGACUGUCAUUUCUGCGUACAACUAAUGUAUGAUCUUAUUGAAUAUAUCAAGACGAUUUGUCUCAAAUUUUCAACAGCCUA